CUGCUAGAAGAAUACGCGAACAGCGACCCCAAACUGGCACUUACAGGCAUCCCCAUCGUCCAGUGGCCCAAGAGAGAUAAGCUAAAGCUCCAGGCCCGGCUGAGGGUUCGCCUGCCCACCAUCCCCAUUACCAAGCCACACACCAUGAAGCCAGCCCCCCGUCCGACACCGGUCAGGCCUACGGUCUCUCCCAUCGUGUCAGGCGCCAGGCGGAGGCGGGUGCGGUGCCGAAAAUGCAAGGCUUGCAUGCAGGGCGAGUGUGGCAUGUGCCACUAUUGCAGGGACAUGAAGAAGUUUGGCGGGCCUGGCCGCAUGAAGCAGUCCUGCGUCCUCCGGCAGUGCUUAGCGCCCAGGCUGCCUCACUCGGUCACGUGUGCACUUUGUGGGGAGGUGGAUCAGAAUGAGGACUCGCAGGACUUUGAGAAGAAGCUCAUGGAGUGCUGCAUCUGCAACGAGAUUGUUCACCCUGGCUGCCUGCAGAUGGAUGGGGAAGGGCUGCUCAAUGAUGAGCUCCCAAACUGCUGGGAAUGCCCCAAAUGCUACCAGGGUGACGACACAGAGAAGGGCCAGAAGCGGAAGGUGGAGGAGAGCGACGACGACACGGCACAAGCCAAGGUGCUGCGUCCCCUGCGGAGCUGCGAGGAGCCCCUCACCCCCCCGCCCAACUCGCCCACCCCCAUGCUGCAGCUGAUCCACGACCCAGCGUCGCCGCGAGGCAUGGUGACGCGCUCGUCCCCGGUCUUCCGCUACCUCACUCGCAGGGAGCUCUGCGAGUGCAUGCGGGUGUGCAAGACCUGGUACAAGUGGUGCUGUGACAAGAGAUUGUGGACAAAGAUAGAUUUGAGCCGGUGCAAGUCCAUCACCCCCCAGGCACUGAGCGGCAUCAUCAAAAGACAGCCAGUCAGCCUUGACCUCAGCUGGACCAAUAUCUCCAAAAAACAGCUUACAUGGCUCGUCAACAGGCUGCCAGGCCUGAAAGACCUCAUCUUAGCUGGCUGUUCGUGGUCUGCGGUCUGUGCUCUCAGUACCUCCAGCUGCCCCCUUCUCAGGACCCUCGAUCUUCGGUGGGCAGUAGGAAUCAAAGACCCUCAGAUCCGGGACUUACUCACGCCUCCGACAGACAAACCCAGUCAGGACAAUCGCAGCAAACUCCGCAACAUGAUCGACUUCCGGCUCGCCGGCCUGGACAUCACCGAUGCCACGCUGCGGCUGAUCAUUCGCCAUAUGCCCCUGCUCUCCCGCCUCGACCUCAGCCACUGCAACCACCUUACGGACCAGUCGGCCAACCUCCUCACAGCCGUGGGCUCUUCCACACGCAACUCCCUCACCGAGCUCAACAUGGCAGGCUGCAAUAAGCUGACGGACCAGGCCUUGCUGUACCUGCGCCGCAUCUCCAACGUCACUCUAAUUGACCUGCGAGGUUGCAAACAGAUCACCCACAAAGCCUGUGAGCUCUUCAUCUCGGACCUGUCCAUCAACAGCCUCUACUGCCUGUCCGAUGAGAAGCUGAUCCAAAAAAUCAGCUAGAGACCCUCCCCGGGGCAGACUGAGGAUAAGGAAAAAAGCCC